ACACACAGAAAAAGAUAUACACAACCAGAAGUUUCGAACAUGAGGUUGGCAAGCGCCGGGUCACUGGGACUGUUCAGCUUUCUUUCUGGAUACUUGUUUUUUACCUGCUUCCCGGAGCUAAAGCCAUGUCAUGCGGAGAGUGAAGGCAGCGAGCAACAGAGUAAUAAAGCCAUCUUAGAGAUGUUACACAUCAACACUCUGACAUUCCCACGCCGGAACAAACUUCACCCUUACAUGAAACUGGUCUACCAGCAAAUCAGCUUCUCUGGGGCCAAGGAAUCGGCUACAAUCGAGGGGACACUGGUCCAAAGCUUCAGGACCAUAAGAGUUCCUGAAUUUGACAAUCCAGGAUGGCUCUGGUUCAAUAUUUCCCACCUCAAAGCAUCCAUGACAGCCUCUGAGCUGGUCGUGCGGAGACGAACUCUCCACCGGGAGUCCUUGACAGUCAACGUGACGAUACACAGCAUUGGUACCGAACUAAACAAGCUCACCAUCAGCGAGCCCCUGGAUGAGAAAGUUUUGAAUCUGGAUGAACCUCCUCCCUUCGGCUACGACAUAUUUAACGUAUCGCUGAUCCUGAAGCAGUGGGAGGCGGACAUUGUAGGAUUCCAAUUCCAGUUCACUGAUGAUAGUGGCAGCUUGGUUAUACAUGAUGCUCUGACUCAGAGCCUGUACUGUCUGAACACCAGCUCCCCGAAUGAACCGUUACUCAUUGCCUAUCGAAUCCCAUUAUCCGGAACCAGCAAGACCGAGAAUCAGCCCAGCAGAAGGGAUAGCCAGCAGUGUUCCAGGGUGCGCAAGAGGAAGAGCUUAGUACAUGGGACCACUCCUGGAGAAUGCAGCCUGCACCAGUGGUAUGUGAAUCUACAGGGCCCUGAGUUACAGCAUCGGAUCCUGGAGCCACACGGUUACUAUGCUAAUAUCUGCAGAGGUCACUGCCCCACCGAAACAUCUGGACAGGAGAAGACAGAAGCACAGAACCCUUUGUGGAAAACAGAAAGCCAAAACACAACCAUAUCACAAAUACCCCGUUGUGUCCCACAAACAUAUUCUUCAGUCAAUAUGAUCUACAUCGCAGAGUCUGGAGAUGUUUCCAUUGAAAGUCUGAAAAAGAUGAGCAUUGAGAGCUGUGUCUGCAAAUAAGACACUUCCAGUAAUAAGUGCAUUAUGUACCUAGAAUAACUAAUUAUAUUGCAGUACCUGAACCAGCUUUUGGAAAUGCUGGAAAUGAAGACAAUAGAACAAUUGAAUCUUCCAGUAGAUUAUGUAUGCAUUACAAAGUACUUGUCAGCACACCACUAUUUACAUAACAGCUUUUGGGACCAUAGGUAAAAUAGUUAAAUGUGAUGGACUCAUUUUAAAAAACAACUUGAUGAUGUGAUUGGACAAUGGUAGGAUGGUUAUUCUGGAAGGAUGAGAUCAGAUGGGCUGAAGGGCCUUCUUCACCUGAAGAAGUGAAUUGUGAAUUGAUCUUGUGAAUUGAUAUCAGCAUGUAUGCAGAAUGGGAACCAGAAAUCAUAACCAUGUCAUGUUUGUAUUAGAAUAGUUGCCUCCGUGAAUCUGCCCCUGCGAAUCUGGUGCUGGCUGUGUAUUGUUUCACAGCCAGCAUUGAUCUCAAAUUACAAUUUGAUUAUUUAUUUAGACUGGUUUUAAACACUGCCAUAUCCAUCACUGGAACAGUUGCAUUCUACAUAGCUAAAUGCAAACCCACGCUGCCUCACUGAAGAUAAAUGUAAAACUAAAACUAAAUAUUCAUCAGAAGAAUUAGAAAUAAUUGUUAUUUUAUCUUCAGUCAGUGGAGCCAUCAAAUGUAUACUUCAGGUCUACUACAUCCUUAUAGUUAUAUAGUUACACAAUUGACAUUCUAUAUUACUGUAUUAGGUUACAGAAAAUAAAUAAAGAGUGUGCUAAUUCACAAUAACUUAAAUGUCCCUUGGGAUGUUUGUUUGGGCUUAUGUAUUCAACUUUCUAAUAAAACAAUGUAAAAUGAAUUAUAAAAUAAAAAUAAUCCUUGC